UGUUGUGGGUGGAGUCUCCUGGCGCGCUCUUCCCUAUAUAACCGGCAUUGUGAGCACACGCAGUUCCCGUCACCUCCAGCCGCCAGCAGACACGCAUCUCCUAUUCCGUAACGAUAUGCCUGGAUUUAACGACAGAGACCGCGGCCGCGACAGAGGGUUUGGUGGUGGUCCCCGAUUCGGAGGAAACAGAGGUGGUGGUUCUGGAAAGUUCGGGAACCCUGGGGAGAGACUGAUCAAGAAGAAAUGGAACCUGGAAGCACUGCCGAAAUUCGAGAAGAACUUCUACCAAGAGAAUCCAGACUUGGCCCGACGCACCCAGCAAGAAAUUGAGCAGUACAGGAGAAGUAAGGAGAUUACUGUCCGCGGGCACAACUGUCCCAAGCCAGUCUUCCACUUCCAUGAAGCCAGCUUCCCAGCCACGAUCAUGGAGGUGCUGAAACGACAGAACUUCACUGAACCCACCCCAAUCCAGAGCCAGGGCUGGCCAGUGGCCCUCAGCGGUCUGGAUAUGGUCGGUGUUGCCAUGACUGGAUCUGGAAAGACUUUGUCUUAUCUACUACCUGGAAUUGUUCACAUUAACCACCAGCCGUUCCUGCAGAGAGGGGAUGGGCCAAUCCUCCUGGUGCUGGCACCAACUAGAGAACUGGCUCAACAAGUGCAGCAGGUGGCAGCAGAAUAUGGCAGAGCGUGCCGCCUGAAGUCUACUUGUAUCUAUGGAGGCGCCCCCAAGGGGCCACAACUCCGAGACCUGGAGAGAGGUGUUGAGAUUUGCAUCGCGACACCCGGUCGUCUCAUCGACUUCCUUGAAGCUGGAAAGACCAACCUGAACCGAUGCACCUACCUGGUCCUGGACGAAGCGGACAGGAUGCUGGACAUGGGCUUCGAGCCGCAGAUCAGAAAGAUUGUGGACCAGAUCAGGCCGGACAGGCAGACCCUGAUGUGGAGCGCCACAUGGCCCAAAGAGGUGCGUCAGCUGGCAGAAGACUUCCUGAAGGAAUACACUCACAUAAACAUUGGCGCCUUAGAGCUGAGCGCCAACCACAACAUCCUGCAGAUAGUGGACGUGUGCAACGACGGCGAGAAGGAUGACAAACUUGUCCGACUGAUGGAGGAAAUCAUGAGUGAGAAGGAGAACAAGACCAUAGUGUUCGUGGAGACAAAGAGGCGCUGUGACGACCUGACCCGCAGGUUACGGAGAGACGGGUGGCCCGCUAUGGGAAUUCAUGGUGAUAAAAGCCAACAGGAACGUGACUGGGUGUUAAAUGAAUUCAAACACGGCAAAUCCCCGAUCCUCAUUGCCACAGACGUUGCGUCCCGAGGCCUAGAUGUGGAAGACGUGAAAUUCGUCAUCAAUUAUGACUACCCCAACUCCUCCGAAGAUUAUGUCCACCGAAUCGGCAGAACCGCCCGCAGCAGCAAAACGGGCACCGCCUACACCUUCUUCACCCCCAACAACAUCAAGCAAGUGAAUGACCUGAUCUCUGUCCUGAGGGAGGCCAACCAGACCAUCAACCCCAAACUACUGCAGCUGGUGGAGGACAGAGGACGCUUCAGAGGCCGAGGAGGAAUGAACGACCGCCGUGACCGCUUUUCUUCAGGCAAGAGGGGUUGGGGGGAUAGAGAGAAUUACAACAGAGGUUUUGGAGCAAAAAGAGACUUUGGCAACAAACAGAACGGCUUCGGAGCACAGUCGUACAACAGUAACGCCUACGGCAACGGAUACGGCGCCGCCGCCAUGCAGGGAGCCUACCAGCGCCCCGGCCAGAACGGCACCUACCAGAACUGCUUUGACACCAGCCAACAGUACGCUGCCCCCAUGCAGAGCGGGAUGACCCAACAAGCCUACACCUACCCGGCAGCAGCGCCAGCGGCCGCUCCCUCCAUGCUGGGAUACACCAUGACGGGGGCUUACCCUCAGUGAGGAGACGCACGAUCGUGUCCAUUUUGGUUUUUAAGUUUUUUUUUUUUUUGUUUCAUCGUAAAUUUUUUUAUUUCGGGACAGGCCUCGGUAUUUAAGUCCGGGCGGGACGCUCGCCACGGACGCUCGCGCACUUUCCCACUAUUUAAGUUGACUGUUUUCUCUACAUUCCUCGAAGACUUUAUUGUUUUUUAGUUUUUUCUUUUUUUUGUACUAGAAGAAAACUGCAGCCGUGUUCAGUCUGUGUACAGUGAUUGGAGUACUGUAAGGGGGGCAGCGCAUGGCCCCUUAAUAAAGACCAUUCAACUCAG